UCCAGAUCCGGAUCUACACAGGUUAGAUCACCUGGCUCUCUUCCUUCUCCGCACCAUGGCCACCUGGUUGGAGUCCGCCACGGCCGCCGUGGCCGACUCUGCCGCGCCGCACUGUCCGCCCGCGCGCGGCUGCGUGGCCGACGUGCCGCUGAUCCAGAUUGUGCGGGUGCGACAGAUGAGCGGCUCCACCAACAGCUUCGAGGCGACGCCCGACAUGAGCGUCCGGGCCCUCAAACGACAACUGAGAUUCUCACACCCCACCUUGGAUGAUUUCAGCAAGCGCCUCACGACCUUGGAACUCAUCCGAGGCGAUCGGAAGUUGGAGAAUGACAAGACCUUGGAAGAGCUCCAAAUCGAGAAGGAGGAAGUCCUCGACGCGGUCUUCAGCAUCGCGCCCGUCCAAUGUGCCAAGAAGGACGAGUCGCCCUGCGACCUGGAAGACUUGCGCUUCGUGAGCAUCCCCAGCGGCGUGACAGAGAUCGAGGACAAUGCCUUUGAGAACUGCCCCUUUCUCAUCAGCGUCCUCAUCCCCGAGACCGUCACGGAGAUCGGCGAGGCCGCCUUCCGCGAUUGCAUCUGCUUGGAGCGGAUCGAGAUCCCGAACACGGUCACGGACAUCGGAGAGCAGGCCUUCGCGAACUGCUUGUCCAUGGAGAAGAUCGAGAUCCCCAACUCCGUCACGGAGAUCUGGGAAAAUGCGUUCUCGGGAUGCCAGUCACUCGUGAGUGUGACCCUCCCCGACUCCGUCACCGAGAUCAGCGAAGGCACCUUCGAAGGCUGUGAAAGCCUCGAGAGCGUGGUGAUCCCCGACACCGUGAGGGAGAUCGGCGCCGGCGCGUUCGCCGGCUGCGGCGCCCUGCGGGAGGUGGUGAUUCCGGACUCGGUCACCGAGAUUGGCAGUGCGGCCUUCCAGCAUUGCACCUCCUUGUUCAGCGUCACGCUACCCGAUUCCGUGACGGACAUUGGCGAAGCCAGUUUCGAGGGAUGCAAAGCCCUUCGCAGCUUGACGGUGCCCAGCUCCGUGGGCUACAUUGGUAGCAAAGCCUUUUCAGGCUGCAGCUCGUUGGCGACCUUGACCAUCCCCCCGGACAGCAUUCCCCAGGUGCGGCCUGGGGCCUUUGCCAAUUGCAGCUUUCGGUCCUUAGCGAUCCCCAAUUCGGUCCUGGACAUCGCCAACGGCGCCUUUGCACGCUGCACCCAGCUGGAAUGGUUGAUCAUCCCUGCGAGCGUCCAUCACAUCGGUCCUUCCGCGUUCAAGGGCUGCGUGCGGCUGCAACACGUGGAGAUCCCGGAUUCGGUGACGGAGAUUGGCGAGUGCGCCUUCGCUGGCUGCGUCGAGGCGAAAACCCUGAAGCUCUCGAGGUCCCUCACGGAGAUUGGCGACUCGGCCUUCGAAGGGUGUUCCUCUGUGGAGGAGUUGGACAUUCCCUUUUGUGUGGAACGCAUUGGCCGUGCUGCGUUUGCCAGUUGUAGCCAACUGAAGGUCUUGGCCCUGGGUGACGCCCUGAUGGAGAUUUCGGACUGUGCCUUCGAGCAUUGUAGCUCGUUGAGCACGGUGUCCUUGCCCGAGUCCCUGAAGUACGUGGCGCCGCGCGCCUUCGCGCGCUCUGGACUCCAGCCACCCCUCUUUUUGCCACGGCGCGGCGGGCCCAUUAUUGUGGGGGAGGAGGCGUUUCCACAGGAGUUGAAGGUCCCGAGCUUCUCACAGCAGAUGCAUCCUGAAGAGUGCGAAGAAGAAAGCUUCUGUUGCCUCCACUGAGAAAGGAAAA